UUCCUCUGGGGGCCACUCACACUGCAGUGAGCUAUUUAUGGGCUCAGCGGCCCGCCUCUCCUCCUUGCACACCGACUCAUGGAGGAUGCUCAAAGGAGGAGGGAGAAGGGGGGUGAUGGUGGAGGAACGCUCCCAUUGGCUCUGGGCGAGCCUGUGCCGCGAUGACGUCACGCCCUGCCGCCCCUGCAGGACUCAGCAGCCUGUCUCGGUCCCCUCCAAAAAAGAGCUCGGCGCGGCCCAGCACAAGCACGGACGCCGUCCCUCCAUUGUGGGACAUAAGAGCAUCACUGACACACCUGUUUCGUUCCUUUCCCCCCUUCCUUCCUUUCUUUUUUUUUUUUUUUUUUUUUAACAUUGAGAAGACAGGAGAGGGUGGGGAGCGCGCCCACCGUGUUGCGGGUGUAUGUGCGUGCGUGCGCGUGUCGGAUCACAAUGAUGCAAAGUGCGGCGGUCCUUCCCACAGAGAGUCCCGUUAAGAGUUUACCGGACAUCCUGGGAGUGCCACUGCAACAGAUUCCUCAGUGUGCGGGCUGCAGCCAGCACAUCGUGGACAAGUUCAUCCUGAAGGUCCUGGACAGACACUGGCACUCCAAGUGCCUCAAGUGCGCCGACUGCCACACGCCGCUGGCCGACAAGUGCUUCUCCAGGGCCGGCAGCGUCUACUGCAAGGAGGAUUUCUUUAAGCGAUUCGGAACAAAAUGUGCAUCCUGCCAACAGGGGAUCCCUCCCACGCAGGUGGUGCGGAAGGCACAGGACUUUGUGUACCACUUGCACUGCUUCGCAUGCAUCAUGUGCAGCAGGCAGCUGGCCACCGGGGAUGAGUUCUACCUCAUGGAGGACGGCAGGCUGGUGUGCAAGGUGGACUACGAGACGGCCAAACAGAACGAUGAUUCCGAGGCGGGGACCAAGCGACCGAGGACCACCAUCACGGCCAAGCAGCUGGAGACCCUCAAAAGUGCCUACAAGAACUCCCCCAAGCCGGCACGACACGUCAGGGAGCAGCUUUCCUCCGAGACGGGCCUCGACAUGAGAGUAGUGCAGGUCUGGUUCCAGAACCGCAGAGCGAAGGAAAAGCGUCUAAAAAAAGAUGCGGGUCGCCAUCGCUGGACUCAGUUUUACAAAAGUGUUAAACGCAGCCGAGGAGGGUCGAAGGUGGAGAAGGAGAGCUCGGCGGACGACGUGGGACUCAGCGACAGCGAGCUGAGCUUCAGAGACGACCAGGUGCUCUCAGACCUGGGCCACGGCAACGGGCUCUACGGGAGCGUCGGCGACAUGACCGGCGGCGCGGUGCUGAACGGCGGCUUCUCAGUGGACGCGGCGGGGCAGCCGUACCACGACAUCCGCGCCGGAAGCCCCUACGGUCUGCCGCAGUCGCCCUCCUCCAUCGCCUCCCUGCCCGGCCACACCCCUCUCCUCAACAACCUGGCCUUCACCAUGGACGCUCUGGGGGCGCAGGGCGGGCCGGGCGGCGUGGGCCAGGCUCUGAGGGCCAUGGCGGGCGGCCCCACCUCAGACCUCUCCACGGGGAGCAGUACGGGGUACCCCGACUUCCCCACCAGCCCUGCAUCCUGGCUGGACGAGAUGGACCAGUCCCAGUUCUGAGGCUAACACGCACGCAAGACUUUUUGUUGCUAUCACGCCCGUGGUUAUGGAAAACCGUUUGAGCAUUUAUUCCAUAUCCUUGAUGUCCAACUUAAGCUCCAUGAACAAGUACGCCCUUCGUGCUCACUAGUAUCACAACUACAUUACAAGUGAGGCAAAACUGUGCACUAGUUGACGACUGCUACUACUACUACUACCACUAGUGACAUUAUAAAAUUAGACUGGUUGAUAUCUAGCACUUCACUAGAAGUACGAGUGUGAAGAUGUCAACUAGUGCACAGUUUUGCUUCACUGGUAACAAGUAGUUCUCAUACUAGUAUACCAAAUUUGACCUAUGAGCAUGUAGAAAUACAGUAAUAACAUACAUACAUACUAUCAGUAACAAAUAAUAAUAGUAAUAGUAAUAAGUAAUAAAAUACAGAACUAGUAGGACAGUCGCUUGAAUUAGGGCCCGACUGAUAUGGAUUUUUUUUUAGGCUGAUGGCGAUUACGAUAUUUGGUAGUAUAAAAUUCUGAUAACCAAUUAAUCAGCCAACUAAUAAAAAAAAUAUAUAAUGAAUAAAAUAAUUUUUUGGUCCCUUCACACUUACAAAAAUAAUGGUAUGAAUUACAAUACUUUGUCCAUUAGUAUUUGUUUAACUUUACAACAGAGAGAAAAAUCGGCAAAGAUUGGCAAAGAAAUCGGCCGAUUUUUGACGAUUAAAAAGAAAAUUGUUUCUUUGAAUGUCAUUAUCUUUGUCUUAUGUUGUAAUGUGUUAAUGAGUAAAAAAAUUUUUGAAAAGGGCUAAUAUCGGCCGUUUAAUCGGUCAGGCCCUAGUUUUAAUAGUGCGCCCUUGAUGUUCUACUAGUGUGCUGUAUUUUCUUACUAGUGCAAUCAAAGAGCGUAGUAGUACAUGGACCUGAAUCUGCAUAUAAGAAUAUCAAAUAAAGGCUGAAACGGAUUUCCAUCCGUGGUGGAGUGAGGUUAGGAGGACACCGCUGAAGCUCAAGUGAAACUCAACAGCGCAUCAUACAAAUGCUGACUUGCUCAUACUACACUUCUCAAAAAAAGAGGUUGAGAACAAACCACAACGACAAGGCUCAGCCAAGUGAGAGUGUCAAUCCGCAGGCGCCCGCAUGCUUCUGACGGACCAUCCCGAGCCUUUUAUAUGCACUUUACACUUCUCGCCACUUCCUGCACACGAGGAAAAGCUGAAUUCAAGGAGGAAGAGAACGGAGGCGAGGGGUAUGCACAAGGCUGAAACAGUGUUGCAUCGGAGAGAGAAUUUUACAAGCACUGUGGCACAAGUGUUUAUUUUAAAACCGCGAGCGGACGUUUUUUCUACGGGGUGAGGUCGACGCGGGACGCUGAUGUUUUCAAACUUGUGUAUCUGUGGGUGCCUGACUUGUUCUCGUCUGUGUAACGCCGUGUGCAAUGGACGCGGCGCGCAUCAGUAUUUAAUGAUCAAGACAGUCGAGAAGGUUGAGGUGACGCUAAAUAAUUUCAACAUUGAAUUUAUUUAACAUAGGCACAGACGCAACGUAGUGAGUUUUUACAACAUGCCCAUCUUUCCGUAUUUUACAGAUGCAAAACAUUCAUAUGCUCUGAUAUAUAUACCAGUGUUAUUGUCACCCAAUUUAAAUGAUCAGCUUUAGAUCACACUGCCUCCAUCAAUUAUGGGAAAAUUAACUAUUAAUAAUCAAUUGUUAUUUUUUAAAAUCUUCCUUUUGGGAGAAUGUCUCUCUGAAUGUUCUGAACUACUGUUUCCAUGACAGUGUUGCGCUAGCAGUCUAAUGCUGGCUCGAUGAGUCGGCUAUCGUAGAUGUCUGUGUGGAUGUACAGGGGGUAUAAAAAGUCUACACAUCCCUGUUCAAAUGCUAAGUUUUUGUGAUGUAAAAAAAAAAAAAAAAAAUGAGACCAAGGUAAAUCGUUUCAAAACAAUGUGACCUGUAAAACUCAAUUGAUACACAUUACUUUUAUUUUUACUUCCCCUCUUAAAAUAUGUCAUAUUAUAUAUUAUAGGUCACAUUAAUGGCAACAACAAAAAGUUUUAAAAUUAUCUAUAUUGGUCGAAUUUAUUUUCAUCAGAAAAACCUGGCAUUUAAACAAGGGUGUGUAGACUUUAUAGCCACUGUAGUUUAACUUCAUACACUUCUUUACACAGCAAACGAGUUCUGACUAAAUCAACAGCACUCCAAAGAUGUGCCCUCCAUUUGACCUACAUUUUUAUCGAGACUCGAUUAAUUAACAAUCAAUUCAAUUACCAAAAUUCUUAGCUGUCAAUUAAUCCACCACAAUACCCUUCCCUAACCGAUUCAAUUCUUUCUUUUGGAAUUGAGCUUGGUGGAAGAAUCUUGCAGCAUUUACAGCCUUGACUUGGAUAAAUACUUUGAUAUCAACCUAAGGAGUAUUAAGGUCACGUUUGGGGGGAAGAGAAAAAACUUGCAAAAGGAAAAGAGAGAGAGAAAUGAUUAGUCAUAAAAGAAAAAAAAAAUCACAUUUUGAGAAUAAAUAAUACUGCAAGAUGUUAUGAGAAUAAUACAAUUUUUUGAUAAUGUCACGUUUAUUUCCCCAAGAAAAAAUAUGCAAUAUUAUUGAAAGAAUAGCAAAAUAAAAACCUGAACAGCUCUUGCGUCUCUCUGGAGAUCUGCCAUGCUGUUUAUGAAUAGUGUAGUUCUUUUCCAGGAGAGCACAGACAAACGCAAUCCAUCAGUGUUCCUACUGAUGAUCAUGAAGACACAACUGAGAAACUGAGAAAACAUUGUCAAACUUCUACUAAACUUUAUUACUGUACAUUUUUUUCCUCACAAAAUUGCAGCUUUAUUCUUGUGAGAUUCCCACUUUUUUCUUGUAAUAGUCUGACAUUAUUGUCCUGAAAAGACUUUUUUUUUUUUUUUCCUCGUAAAUGACAACUUUUUCUCAUAUGACUUCCAUGCAUUUUCAAUAGUGCUUGUCCUCAUUAGGAUCACGGGUGAGCUGGAGCCUAUCCCAGCUGACUUGGGGCGAGAGGCUGGGUACAGCUUGGACUGGUUGCCAGUCAAUAGCAGGGCACACUAUUCACACUCACAUAUGGACAAUUUAGAAUCUUCAAUGACCCUAAAACAUGCAUUGUUUUGGAAUGUGGGAGGAAGUCGGAGUACCUGGAGAAAAGCCACACAAGCGCGGGGAGAAGAUGCAAACCCAACGCAAGAAGGCCGGAGCCCGGAUUCAAACCGUAAACCUAACAACUGUGAGGCAGACGUGCUAACCACUAGGCCCACCAAGCUGCUUAUUUCAAUCCUAUUUUAGUACUCCCCCCCCCCCCCAGUGUGGCGCCUAUGAUUGUUGAUCAAAUUCAUUUUGUGUGUUCAACUACACACUUGCAAAAAAACAUUUGACAUGAAAACAUGAGUUCAAGUUGAAGCAAUUUCCGAGGGGACAGUUUGACCUGUUGAAACACAUUGCAAUGCGUCACGUGCAUCCCCGCCUUUGUUUCGACUCUGUACUUUCCUCUGUCUGAUCCGGGCUUCUCUUGGUAAUCUACUCAGUGAAGCGGAGCUCUAUCUGCUCCAUCUAUCACCCGCUAUCAUCCUACUUACUGAGGCCAGAUGUGUUGUCAGCCUGUUCUCCAACGGUCUGGCCUCCGUGUCAGAGGGAUUAGUGAGACUGAGAUGUCGUAUAGUUCAAUUCAGAGUUUCUUAAGCAAACCAGAUAUUUAAAAAAAAAGUGCAAUUGUUCAUCCAACUGGAAGUGGAGCAACUAGUUGUGUGAAUGCCGAGAGAUGAGGAUUAACAUCAAGGUGAUUGUGCAUCUAAGUGUCACUAUGUGAAUGGUGAGAAGUGUUUAAAAUAUAUGGUUAUUUCUGUUCAUAUUACUACGCUCCAUUUGUGAAUAUUGGGAAUAUUUGACUGAAAAGUGGGCACGGGGGUCGACUGGUUAGCACAUCUGCCUCACAGUUCUGGGGACCGGGCCCGCCUGUGUGGCGUUUGCAUGUUCUCCCUGUGCCUGGGUGGCUUUUGUCUGGUGCACUCCGGUUUCCUCCCACAUCCCAUGCACGUUUUUGGGAUGUGGGUUUCCUCCCAGUUUCCUCCCACAUCCCAAAAACAUGCAUGGUAGGUUAAUUGGGAACUCUAAAUUUCCCGUAGGUAUGAUAGUGAGCGCGAAUGAUUGUUUGUUUAUAUGUGCCCUGCGAUUGACUGGCGACUGGUUCAGGGUGUACCCCGCCUCCCGCCCGAAGAUAGCUGGGAUAGGCUCCGGCAGCCCGUGACCCUAGUGAGGAGAAGCGGUGAAGAAAAUGGAUUGAUGGAUGACUGAAAAGUUUGAUUAUGGACAGAAAAUAUCAUUCCCAUGUUCCUCACAGCCACUAGGGGGUCUUUGGAAUUUUGACAAUAGCAUCUCUCAGCAUUUAUACAUUUUUGUGGGAAAACUUUGCCAAUUUUAUUUUAGCCUGUUGAACACAUUUGCUGCAUUUUAUCUUUACACGUUUUGUUUAUGUUGACUGAAGAGAUUAAUCAAAUGACCCCUAUUGCCCCGCCCCCCUGUUUUUGUUUUUUAAGCGGAAAACUUCUCCAAUACAAACAUGUACAAAAACAUCAUAAGAACCACUUUUUUUUUUCUGUCUGCGUUGCCUCAAAACUUUGCAUCUUAAUUGUUGUAAAUUGUGUACAGUUUGACAACGUGUUGAUCGUCUUGUUUCAUGAGUGCUAUUUAUUAUUGCCAUGUGUCUUUGAAAAAGAUGUAAAGGAGAGCACUGGAUUUAUUCAUUUAUGCCUUCUGUGUAAUGGUACGAACUGUGUACAGUCAAAUCUAUAUGAGGAAAAUAAAGAUGGAUUGUCUUUGGGUUAAAGUCA